CCUACGGACACUCUGUGCUGCCUUCUCUCAACUUUUUCCAGCAGAAAGUUGGGAGCUCCUCAGAGCUGAGCGGCACCUGUAGUGUUGCCAUUUGCAGGGAGAGGCACCGGAGGACCCCAACCAGCUCACCCUCCAUCAAAGGAAGGAGACAACAUAGGAGGGAGCAAGAGCACCACUCUGCCCUCACUCAGCAUUCUAGGAUGCUUGUGAGGUGCCAUGGUUCCCUGGCCUUCUGCUUCCUGCUUGUCCUGCUUGAAACUCCAGGUCUUGCCAGUGAAGAGACCCUGAUGAAACCCAAACUGAACAUUUUGGGAGAUCAAGUGGUGAUCCAGGCUGGUGGAGUGUUUGACAUUACUUGCAGAGGAUUGGCUGCCAUGACCUGGACCUGGGGCAUUGGACUUGCAGGGAGUCGGACCCGCAUCUUGGAAUAUCCCUGUUCUGAUAACCACCUUUUCACUUGCAACCAACUCACUAUCUUCCACACAGAAGCUGGUGACACUGGCUACUUCACAUGUAGUUACAAAGAUGUGGCUGACACCAAGGAUUCUAAUGGCAAGGCCAGUGUAUAUGUGUAUGUCAAAGAUGACAACCAGACCUUUGUGCAGGCCUACGACAAUAUACCUCUUGUUAUCACUGUGUUUACUGACACUGAAGAGAUACUUGUACCGUGCCGGGUCACUUCCCCUGAUGUUGAUGUUAAGCUUCAACUGUUGCACCCUGCCACAUUCACCUAUGCAAGCCAAAACUGGGACCCCAGGAAAGGCUUUACUGUGAUGCGGCCCUCUUAUCAGUUCUACAGUAGCAUGCUCCAAUGCAUUGCUGAAGUCAAUGGAAAGAUCCACAGGUCACUGUAUCUCCCACAGCGAUUGGAAAUCAAGAGAGGAAAUAUCUCUAUCAGAUAUAACCAGAAGAGGCUUUUGAUGGGAGACACCCUUUUCCUGCAGUGUGUGGCAGAGACCACAUUCAAUGGACGAAUCAAACUGGAUUGGGUAUUCAACCGGCAAGAUUCUAAGACAACACCCAGGUGUUGUGAAGUUAAAAGGAAUUUGUACCAAGGGUCCCCUGUGUACAAAAGCUAUAGUAAUUUGACCAUCUGGAAUAUAACCAUGGAAGACAAGGGUUUAUAUAUUUGCCAGGAAAAUAACAACACUGCCCUGCAAGCCAACAUUACCAUCACAGUGUAUAAAAAAUCAUUCCUCAAUGUGAGAUGCAAAAGAAGGUGCAUUUAUGAGGUGACAGCUGGGCAAAGGAUGCUCAAAAUAGGAGUAAGAGUGGAUGCUUUCCCUCGCCCCAAUGUGACCUGGUUCAAAGAUGGAAAACCACUCCCAGUAAACCAUACCUUCCAGCUGGACCCUCUAAACUACAGACUCAAAAUCCUGGAAGUUAAUGUAAAGUAUGCUGGAAACUACACUUUUGCCCUGAGCAAUACCAAGCAUGGCCUCUACAAAAACAUCACUGUACAACUGAUUGUCAAUGAAAAACCUAAGAUUUAUGAGAAGGAUACAGACUUGAAGACUAAUAAUGCAGUAUUCCUGGGAAGUGAGAACACCCUUCGCUGUACUGCAAGUGGCCUGCCUUCACCCUCCUUCAUGUGGGCCUGGGAGCCCUGUAGCCAGACAGAUGAAUUUUGUACGGAACGGGGCAAACGUAUAUAUCUUUCCAAAGAGACUUUGAAAAGUGACCUCCCUUUGAGCAACAGGAUCCUUUCCAUUGAGGAAAUAGUAUUGACACAUGGAGAAAAGACCAAGGUAGAUGUGGCUGAUUUCAUGGAGGCAGAACCUCUAGUCUCAAUGAUUGAAGGCUAUGAUGCUCGGCUCCAAUGCAAGGCAGCUAAAUAUAUCUACAAUCAACUUGCUUGGUUCAGCCCCUUAGGGGAGAAGAUUCCUGUUAUAGACACUGAAAGCUUCAGAAGCAACUACUCCAUCUCAUUGACACUGGUGAUCAAGAAUGUGACUCAGCAGGAUAAAGGGCAGUACAAGUGCAAGGCUUGGGCACAGAAAAACAUCACCAACAUGAUGCAGCGCAACACUCAGCUCUUUAUUAGAGAAAGAGUUGCCCCAUUCAUUAUUGAGAAUCUCACCAAUAUUGAGGUCAACCACAGUGGCAAGAUUUUGCUGGAGUGCAAAGUGGGUGGAAUACCAUGCCCUCAAAUCCACUGGUUGAAAAAUGGAAUUCCUGUUCUCCCUGCUUCAGGAAUCUUCUUUGAGAAUAACACACUAAUUAUUGAAAGAGCCAAAAAAGAAGAUGAGGGCCUGUAUCUGUGCAAAGCAACCAAUGAGUUGGGAGAAGUCCACACGACAGCUCUUAUCACCGUGGAGGGCUCUGAUGAAAAAUCCAAUAUUGAAAUCAUCAUUCUUGUUUGUACUGGCCUGACAGCUACCCUUUUCUGGCUUCUUCUGACCCUUAUCAUUCGCAAACUCAGGAAGCCCAGUGUUUCAGAAAUCAAAACAAGCUACCUUUCCAUCAUUGUGGAUCCUAGAGAAAUGCCCCUUGAUCAACAAUGUGACAGGCUUCCCUAUGAUGACAGCAAAUGGGAAUUUCCUCGGGACCGGUUACAGUUGGGCAAAAUCCUGGGCCAUGGUGCCUUUGGUAAAGUGAUAGAAGCUUGUGCCUUUGGCAUCGACAAAGCUUCAACCUGUAAAACAGUGGCAGUGAAGAUGCUAAAAGAUUGUGCAACAUCCAACGAGUGUAAGGCUUUAAUGUCAGAGCUGAAGAUCCUCAUUCACAUUGGUCACCACCUCAAUGUGGUCAACUUACUGGGUGCCUGCACUAAGCCUGGAGGUCCUUUGAUGAUCAUAGUAGAAUUCUGCAGAUAUGGAAACCUAGCUAAUUUUCUGAGAGGGAAGAGAGGAGAUUUUAUUGCUUCCAAGUCCCAGCUCAAUAUGGGAAAAAAGGUGAAGACUAUUCAUGAUUCUGACAGUGAUCUCACUGAGCUAACUAAGAAUCAUCUGCAGAAUGUGGCUAGCACAGGAAGUUCCAUCAGUUCUGGUUUUAUAGAAGACAAGAGUUACAGUGAAUCUGAUGAGGAGGAAGAAGCUAGCUGCUACCUUCUGGGGGCCACAACAACCCACCAUGUAGAUGACCUCUUCAAGCAUCCCCUUACCUUAGAGGACCUCAUCUGCUAUAGCUUCCAAGUAGCCAAAGGAAUGGAGUUCCUUGCUUCCAGAAAAUGCAUUCAUCGAGACUUGGCUGCUAGGAACAUCCUUCUAGCAGAUAACAAUGUUGUAAAGAUCUGUGACUUUGGUUUGGCCAGAGACAUCUACAAAGACCCUGACUAUGUCUGGAAAGGAGAUGCAAAACUCCCACUUAAGUGGAUGGCACCUGAAGCCAUUUUUGACAAGGUGUAUACAACCCAGAGCGAUGUGUGGUCCUUUGGAGUUCUGCUUUGGGAAAUUUUUUCUCUGGGAGCUUCACCAUACCCAGGAAUGCAAGUAGAUGAGGACUUCUGCCGUCAGCUUAAGGAGGGAACAAGAAUGAGAUCCCCUGAAUAUUCUACUCCUGAAAUCUACCAGACCAUGCUUGACUGCUGGCAUAGUGAUUACACAAAGAGGCCCAACUUCUCCGACUUAGUCAGGCAUCUUGGAGAUCUCCUUCAAGCCAAUGUUCAACAGGAUGGCAAAGAUUACAUACCACUUAGUGGCAAUGGUAGAAUUCCUACAUUUAGGAUGCUGGAUCCAAUGCAAGACACCUUAAGCAAUGAGAUCAUCCUGGAAAACAGCAGCAUUAAAUCCCAGAAGAAGCCACUAGUUGGGCUAUUUGAUGAGAUGGAGAUCUGCGAGGAACAGGAUGACGCUGUGCUUGGG